AUGAAAAUUGGCGAAGACCUAUUUAAGGUGCCAUUUAUACGUCUAUCAUUUUUUGUUUUAUCGAGUGCAUUAAGAAUAGAGACUAAAUGUUUCUAUAAAUUCAGCUCGCUAUGGUUAACGCCUGUUUAUACGUAUGUUGGGCACUGGAUUUGGGGAGGAUGGCUAUGCUAUGGACUGCCAUUAUUUCAAGGAACUUCAAUAUUCAUUUCGACACUUACACUGAUGGCGAUUGCUAUCGAUCGUUAUUUCGUGAUCGUUCAUCAUAGUAGCAGCAGUGCGAAUAUGAACGAUCAUAUGAGUAUGCCAGUUUGUAUCGCGAUUAUAACACUUAUUUGGGCAGUAUCCUUGCUACUUGUAAUGCCUUAUGCGGUUCAUAUGCGAAUGACGUAUAUUCCAAGGCCUUGCGAUUUUUGGCUAUGCCUUGAAGAUUGGGCGAUGGAAGAUUUGAAAAGUAUGUACGGUAUAAUCGUUAUGGCUCUGCAACGUUCCGAGAACGUUUCAUCACAGCUGUGCCACUUCUUACGAGGUGGAGUUUCGGAACGCUCAAAAUUGUGUGGAAGUAGUUCAGUUAAAGAUCAGCAGCAACAACGCCAUCUGUCAUCAGAAGCGAUCUUGAAUGCAAUUAUCGAUCGAAGUGGUUCAGCGACCAGUGUUGGAUUGCCGUCGCCAAAAAGCAGCAUCUCUAAAGCACUUGGUCAAAAUCCUGGUUGCAGUAGAUGGAGCAAUGCUAGUGAUAACAGUGCCGAUGCUAAUAAUAGCGUGAACAUUUCAGAUGGCUUAAAUCAUGGGUAUUAUUAUCAUUAUUAUAUUUGUUGUUGUCAUCAGUAUUAUUGUUUCAGGAUCAACAUUUUAGAAAUAUUGCUUGCUUGA